UGUGAUAGUGUUACCUGUAUCAGGGUAUAUCUACGGUGUGGGCCGGUAUGGAGAAAGCAGAGGAGGUAGUCACACAUACUGCUCAAGUAUACCGCUCUCAUAGGGAAGUACCACAGACUUCAAACUCGUCUCUUGGGAAUCACUUUAAUUGAAGGAGAUAACAUUUUCAUAGUACCUAGUUGGAUAUAUAACCCUGAUCAAGAACAGUGUUGGACAUCUACUAGGCACACUACUAUUGGUUUAGUUUUCACACACGGCGUCUGACCUCUACGACCUUAUCAUGUCACAAGGAGUUUUGGACACAUAAACUACAAAUCAAGAGAGGGUCGUGUCACGUGAUGGCAUCAGGAGUCGUUAAUGCCGAUCACUUUCAAUGGGCGAUGGAAGUACAAGAAGCGAUUGAGAUUCCUGUGUGGGUGGAAGGAACGCAGAAAUGGGUCACGGGACUGACGAAGAGGACAACUUGUGAUGACGUCAUAUACGCACUUCUGUAUCAGGAGGGAAAACAAGACCAUGAUUCCACAGACAAUUAUACCAUGUACGAACGAUGGAGGGACGUGGAGCGCCCCCUACAGGGGAGAACAAAAAUAAUUAAAAUCUGGCGCGCAUGGGGAGCGGAGCAGUACAAUGUACAAUUGACAAUGAAGCACAACAAGGAGUCAGAUGACUAUGCAGAGUUUUUACAUCAUCGUCGCCGUAAUCAUCGCCGUUCACGUCAUAAAACGAGAACAGAACGUAGUUCACGAUCUAGAUCGGACAAUGAUGACAAAUACCAGUCAACAAACGACCGACUGAAAACCAUGGAGAACCUAGCUAAACUGGUCAUUACUCAGGAACGGAAACUCUAUGACAUUCAUCACUGCAUAAAAGACACUGACAAGAGGAUCGACGGAAUAGAAACGGACAUGCAUUACACGCGCAUGGCCGAAAAUGGCCAAGAUUACCUCCAAAACGCGUACUUAGAAAAUGGUCUUGAGGACAGUAUGGACGAGUUCAUGAGGAAUGUAGAUCCGGAUAAUUUAGAAAUGUACAUCCAGUUUUGUGAGCGUGUGAUUAACUUGGAAAGUCGUAUUCAGAGGGAAACUUCCAAAAUUGAAGAUUUGUCACUACAAAUCCAGGAAAGUUCACAUAAUGAAGCUUUCUAUGAAAAUAUUGAGGCAGCUAAAAACGGAGGGAAUUUAGAAGUAGAAUUGGCUAAUCUUCAGGCCGAUCUCAAUCGCAUGGUGUCUGCAAAUAUGAUGCAGAAAUAUCAGGCCGCGCAAAUCUCGAAGGAAAUUGAGCAAUGUGAUCAUUCACUAACCACCAAAUUAGAUACUAUUUCACAACUUCAGAAAGAGCUUGAGGCUUUGGACAACUCUUACGUUACACAUAAAGAUGACGUCAGCAAUAAUGUAUACAGUGUAGAAGACGCUGCGUCAAACUAUCUGAGUGUUGUGCCGGAGAAUCACAGUACUCCGUUGAGGAAUCAGUACUACGAAGAAGCUGAAUAUGUGAAUCUAGACUCUAUCAUCGGCAUGUCACAUUCGUGUGACCCGGACACGUCAGCAGACACGCGCGAUACUGGAAAGGGUGACAGUUUUGACUCCGGCUGCGAGUCCAACCGGAAACAGCCGAACACGAGUGACCUUGACGACUCCUUCUCGGGUGAUACCGACAAUACGUCCAGUGACUCUCACUUUGGACAAGGCUCACAAACUCCCAGCAAUUCAGUAGCUAAAUAUUCUUGCCGAAAUUAUUCACGGCUUCCAGAACGUUCUUGCCGCGAAUACAGCCGAGUUCCGACAGGUCACGCAACUUAUCAAUGUGACGAACUGAUCAGUGAGAGAAUUAAGUCCGAGAUUUACGUGUACAAAUCCGCGAGGACAUGUUAUAUGGACAAACACAUGGCGUUUUCCGGUUAUCGUUCAGAGGAGAGACAGAGCUACCGGAAGUCUGAGGAACACGACUCGAACUCCGACACGGGACUUAGUUCUCUACACAGUGACGAGUCGCCGACGUCAUACCUGGAGACAUUAGUUUGAUCACAGUAUUUAUCAUCUCACGUGCUACUCAGUGCUAAAUCGUUAUUUAUGAAAACAUAUGAGUUCAUUAUAUAGGACUCGGGACUACGUACUACUCAGAGAUGUAAAAUCACCACGAACCUCCGUGACGGACUACUUACUUGGUAAAAAAUCCAACACAUGACUUUAAGUGAAUAGUCUGUGUACUCAUAAACACCUCUACAGUGCCAUGUGUGUUCAUACUUUUGCGUAAGACUCGUUUGGACGGACAUCCAUAAUGGUGUCCUGUUGUUACAGUAUAAACCUAUAAAUAAGACAUAUGGAGACUGCCUUUUUGUAUAGCGUAUAUCAAUAUUUAUGUUCCGUCCAAUUUAUAAAAUGAAAUUAAAAUAAGAAAUAUACAAAUUUA